GCGCACGCCUGCUUGGCGCGCGCCCGCACGGUGCCUCCCUUCUCGCUCUCUCUCUCUCUCUCUCUCCGCGGCGCGUCCUCAGCCUCUUCGCCGACCCCCCCCGGGCCAAGAUGGCGGCGCUGAGCAAGUCCAUCCCCCACACCUGCUACGAGAUCGGGCACACCUGGCACCCCCACUGCGGGCGGGCCUUCCUCCACAUCACCCAGGGGGCGCUGGGGGAGUCGCUCCGCAUCUACGGGACCCUUUACCUGAUUGCUGCAAUUCUCCGGAAGCGAAAAAUCGACUAUUAUUUGCACAAACUGCUCCCGGAGAUCCUGCAAUCAACAUCCUUUCUGACGGCAAAUGGAAGUCUGUACAUUGCAUUCUUCUGCAUUUUAAGGAGGAUCCUUGGAAAAUUCUAUUUUUGGACUCCUGGGUUUGGUGCUGCUUUACCGGCGUCUUAUGUGGCCAUUCUUAUUGAAAGGAAGAGCAGGAGAGGGCUGCUUACAAUUUACAUGGCUAAUUUGGCCACAGAAACACUAUUUCGCAUGGGGGUGUCGAGAGGAACAAUUACUCCUUUAAGACAUGGAGAAGUCCUUUUGUUCUGCAUCACAGCUGCUCUGUUUAUGUUCUUUUUCAGGUGCAAAGAUGGCUUGAAAGGAUUUACAUUCUCGGCGCUGAAAUUCAUUGUAGGAAAAGAAGAAAUUCCUACACAUUCAUUUGCACCAGAAGCUACGUUUCUAAGAAGAGAGAAAAAAGGAAAAUACCAUGAAGAAGUAACACAGAGAAUGAACAUAAUUGCUGUAACAAAGAAACUAGUGGACAAAGUAUGUAAGCAUGGGCCGAGGCACAGAUGUUGCAAGCACUACGAAGAUAAUUGCAUCUCCUAUUGCAUUAAAGGCUUCAUUAGGAUGUUUAGCGUCGGUUACUUGAUCCAGUGUUGCCUUCGAAUCCCGUCAGCAUUCCGGCAUCUGUUUACAAAACCUUCCCGGCUGCUCUCGCUCUUCUACAACAAAGAAAAUUUCCAGCUUGGGGCUUUUCUGGGGUCAUUUGUCAGUAUAUACAAAGGUACAAGCUGCUUCUUGCGCUGGGUACGGAACUUGGAUGAUGAACUACAUGCACUUAUCGCUGGGUCCUUGGCAGGAGUUUCGAUGAUGUUUUACAAGAGUACUACCAUCUCCAUGUACCUCGCUUCCAAACUAGUGGAGGCCAUGUAUUUCAAAGGCAUUGAAGCUGGAAAGGUUCCCUAUUUCCCUCAUGCAGACAGUGUCAUCUAUGCUGUAUCCACGGCGAUCUGCUUCCAAGCUGCUGUGAUGGAAGUUCAGAACCUGAGACCCUCAUACUGGAAAUUCCUAUUACGGUUAACAAAGGGCAGGUUUGCCGUGAUGAAUAGAAAAGUUUUAGAUGCGUUCGGUACUGAAGCUUCUAUGCAUUUCAAGGAUUUCGUACCUAAACUUGACCCAAGAUAUACUAUUGAGCCUCCAGAGCUACCGGUUGAACGGUCUUGGAAGUGAUACAUUACCCGGUGAAUAAGCCUGACCUGAACCGUUCAAUUAAUUGUAAUGGUCAAGUGUACGGAAGAAGGCUUGUGUUUUGCUUCAGUAUUGUUUCACUGAGUUGUUUCUUACCGAUCAAAACAUACCGAAGCUGUAGCAAGGCAUGAGCUUUAGUUCUGCCCCUCCCUUAGUAGGAAAACAACACUGGAUCACUGUGAUUGAUUGACAAGCUAGUAGAUUUUUGAAAGAAUUAUGUAUCGUUGAAUUAAUAUAUCAAAAAAGAAAAGGAGUACCUGAGUGUGCUUAAAAUCAAAAUAACACUUUUUCCAGAACAAUUCAUUUUAAUCCAUUCCAGUAGGUAACUUAAAAAAAAAAUAAGAAUAUUUUUGCAUUUAGAAAAUUAAAAGGGACGUUGAAUAUAUAUAUAUAUAAUUGGUUAUUGCUAUGAAUUUUAUUUUAAAAAUCAAAUAGUAGUGGGGAAAGGUUUUUUUUCUAAGUUCCAGAUAGUAUUGUUGAGGGCAGUAGGGAGAAUGUCGUUUAUGUUUUUAUCCAGUUGCUGUAAAAUGUUUAAAGAGCCAACACCUAGUAUUCUGUUUAUGACUGCACUGUUUAUGUCUGGAAUGGGCUUUGGCAAACUGCCUGCCAAGAGCAACUACUUUUCUCCUAAAUCCAGUUUCUCACCUGGAAUUCCACUAAAAUGGAAGAAACGCUGAAACCUGAAACCUUGGUAACAAAAGUUUUGAAACAUUGGCAUGGACACCUGCAAAAAACAAGAUCACCCUAGGAGGGAAUAUAGCAUUUCAUAAGACGAAGGAAGUCUCAAAAAUACUGGAUCAUUUUAAGUGCAAAAAAAUGUACAUACAAAGGACUUGAGAAAAGGAAUGUGCCCUUGAAUAUGGAACUGACUGGAUUUGGUACGCCGGUAUCUGGCGGCCUUCAAAAGGAAUCAAAGCCCCGCAGUCCAACAGGUGAAGCAAAACAGAUUGAUUAGUUAACAGCACUGACGCUCUUUACUUCUGUCAAUAUUGUCCCUCGUUGAAUUGUUUUUGAAAUUGCAUAGCAGAUACACAGCAGCCAUAUGUAUAGACCAAGAGGGCAAAGAGACCUUCUGCUCAAAACCCAUUUUUCUGUGUCUCUGCUGGGUCCCAAUGACAGCUGGAUGUUCUAAUACCCUUUGAACAACGGGCUCAGUUACAGCCGUGCACAAACUGCAAAAAGAGACUUUGCAAGGUUUUUUUGCUUGUCUGUUUACGGGAGAAGAAAUUUGAUUUUAAGUUUGGAUCCAUCCAUUAUGCCAAAAAAAUAAAUAAAUCCUCCUUCUGAAAUGUCUGUGAUUGAAAAUAUCAGAAAGACUGGGUACAUUGUUCAGAUUCUGAUUUAAUUGCUGUAAGUUAUUUUUUCCAAUUAUGUGUGUAUAUAGAUAGAUUAUAUAUAUAAUAUAUAUCUAUAUAACGGAAUCUUUUUCCGGACACUGUAACAAUGAAGUUUAUAUUGAAGCAGCAGCGGUAGCAUAAUGCUUUUAUUAGGACCAAUGAAAAAGUCGGGGAGUUGUGAGCAGCUGAUUUGUGAGGGUUUUUUACUAGUCCCAAUAAAGGUACCGUGAUGCUG